AUGAAUAAACAGCAUUUUGAGGAAUGGUUACGAUAUGUCUUGGGGGUGAUUCCCGAUAAGUCAGUUAUUGUACUUGAUCAAGCUCCUUACCAUACAAUGUUGAAUCCUGAAUUUCGAAACCCAACAACUGCAUGGAGAAAAGCAGACAUAAUUGAAUGGUUAAAUAAGCGAAAAGUUCAGGUACCAGAACACUUCGAUACAUUCGAUCAAAUGACAAGGCCUUCACUUUUGCAAUUAUCUCGCAUGUACAAUUACAAAAAACAGUAUUUUCUGGAGAAAGUGGUAAACGAUGUUCGACAGGAUAAAGUGAAGCUUUUAUGGCUUCCAGUAGCCCAUUGUGAGUUCAACCCCAUUGAAUUGAUAUGGGCGUAUGUCAAAAAUAAAGUUGCAAAGCUAAACACAACAUUCAAAAUUAAAGACGUAUUAGACCUCUGCAAAGCAACAUUGGAAGAUGUGCCAAAAAGCGUUUGGGCUAAUUGUGUUCACCAUGCCAAGAAAGUAGAAGAUAUGUACCGAGAAAAAGAGAAUUUAAUAGAUGUCGCCAUAGAACCUUUGGUAAUAAAUCUCAACGACGAGGAUAGUGAUGACGCAGUUAUCGACUUUGAUGAAGAUGAUCUCGAAGAACAUAGCGAUAAUGAUGAUUAUGAGUUGACUGAUUAA